AUGUCAGACCCACCACAACCCUCCCGCCCGCCAACUGACCCUAAAUCCCGCCCCAGCCCCACCUCUAAAAACUCAACCAGCAACAGCGGAAUUAACACCACAUCCAAACCUCUCCCCUUGCCCUCCGUCACCGAACGCAGCGCCGGCUCUCCUGCCGGCGGCCCUUCCUCCUCGCAGCCGCAACCCUCCUCCCAACAACCCCAACUCCCCGGCACAAAACUAGCAACCUCCCUAACAACCCUCACAACCCAAACGCGCACCGCCCACGACGCCCUCACACGGAUGAUGCAGACCACCACCCUCCUCCGCGAGCAAGCCGCCGCGCACGGGACGGAGUGCGAGGCGUUGGAGGCGGAGAAGAAUCGGGCCAAGGCGGAACUGGAGGCGAUGGUGAGGAGGGUGGAGGGGUUGGUGGGGAUGAAGGGGAAGGUGGAGGGACGGUUGAGGGAGUUGAGGGUGGAGAAUGGGAGGUUGGAUGCGGUUUUGAUGGACUGGGAAGCUGGUAAAACUCCGACAUAG